AUUAAACGCAACUUCAAAAAUUCCCGCGUUCUCGCCCUGCAACGUGUAGCGGCACUCGGCUCGUGGUGGGCGGGGCUCGGCGCGGCGGGUUUGUUUACCUCGCACCGCUGCUCCAGUGCUCCUGCCGCCGCCUGUCACUGGUCCGCGCACGUGUGUCGCCUUACUGACGUGACCCAGACCGUGCUCACCCGUGCCAUGGCGAGCACGUGAAGCAGAGGCUGUGAGGCUCAUGUUUGCUGUGAUGAACGAGUGAAACAGUGGCCGAGGCGAGAGUUAUGGCGUGUUGAGGUGACGGUGUCCGCGGGUGAGUGUGUUCCUGCGGCGGCCAGUGGUCAGUCAGCAGGUGUGAGGCCAGCCAGGUGUGAGUGAGGCCAGGGCCAUGGCGCACGCGAGCCCCGGCCAGGAGGACAACAUCCUCUACGAGCUCCUGGUGCACGCGGAAUGGCCCCUGGAGCCAGAGGUUCACGGGGGCGGCGCCAACAGCCUCGGGGGGAACUUCUUCUACCGCACCCUGACCAGGACGCCCGCCAACAUCUGGUCCCUGGCGUCCUCCAUGUGGACCUACCUCUCCCCUUCUUCCCCCCUCCCCCCUACCCUGGCUAAACUGGUGGGGGGGCGAUGUGGGUGGCAGCUGGGCGUAGGGGCUCAGGGGGCAGUGGUGGCUGUGGUGCAGGCGGCCACACUCGAGAUCAGGGCCAAGAAGGAUGAGUUUGCUUCUGUUGUCGGCAAGAACACUAGUUUAUACCUUGACCCCUUCCCGUCAUGGCGGCGCGUGGCCUGGUCCGCCGACUGCUCCAUGGUGGGCCUGGCGUACAGCUCAGGGGCAGUGGAAGUGUUCAAUACCCUCGGCACCUCCAUCUUCACCAUCUACCCUCCUAAGUACCGGGAGGGGGCGCCACAGGUGGACGCCAGCAAUGCACUCGCCGCGCUUGUGUUUUCAGACGUCCGGACACAAAAGAUCAAGUGGGCCGCCGAGCUCCUCCUGGUGGACUACAAGGGUGGCGUCCGCAGCUAUUUGGUGUCCCCGACGGAGGGUUACCAGGAGAGCCACACCUUCUCUCUCGGCAAGGUGUACCCGAUUGGCAUCACUGCGGCCACUCUAUACAGGGACUUCCUCCUGGUGGCCGGGUCGUGUCCCUUCAUGAAUGACGUGACGCUGAAGAGGAAUGGCUUGGGGCACGGCAUCACCCUCUGGAGAAUGCUCAACGACCACCCCUUCUACAAGCAGGUUGCCACUAUAGAUGAGGAUGAGUACCUGCCGCCCAGCGUGGGGUUGUGGGGUCACGUGAUGGCGCGCUGGUCCCCGCCGCACCAUGACUGUGUGUUUCAGCUUAGCGUGUCACCCUCCGCCCGCCAGCUGGCAGCACUACACACCUCCGGCAGCCUCUCCAUCUGGGAACUCCCGUCACUCCGCAAGAUGAAGUUCUGGACGCUUGUGGACCAGCCAGAACACGAUACCCGGAACCCUAGCCUGGUGGAGCCCUUCGCACGCCCCCCCGGCCCCCGCCCAAGGUCCAGUCAAGGCUUUGGGGCGCCCUGGAGUCACCCGGCGGAGUUGACGUGGUGGUCGGAGUUGGCGGUGAUCGUGGCGCGGUACUCUGGCAGUGUGACCGUUAGCUCUGUGGCCACGCUCAGGAAUUUGCUUGGGGAGUCGCCGGAGUUCCUGGAGGGGGUGCCGCAGAUCAGCGAGGCAUACGACCGUGCCUUUCUGAGCCUGGAGGUGGAGGGGCGGCCCAUGACCAAGCGCCUCCUCAGCAGCUUCUCCGAGGGGGGCGAGCGGGAGGAGGAGGCGGAGGGCGAGGAUUACCUUGACUCGGAGGAGGAGGACGAGGAGGAGGAGGAGGAGGGAUCAUUGCUGAGGAGGUCAAGUCGGGUCGCAAAGAGCAUCUUGUAUUGGGUGACGGAUGCUGAGAGGUUCCGCCCACACAGCCGUCGGCCUCGUGUGGUACAGAGAACCUACCGGCUGCUGUGCCUUAAGAGUACCACGCCAGAGGAGCUCUUCACCCGCAAGAUUGAGAAUGAGGAGUACGGGGAGGCUUUAGCCCUGGCACGCAGCUAUGGGCUGGACUGUGACCGUGUGUACCAGCAGCAGUGGCGCCGCAGCCCCGUCACGGUUGCCUCUAUUCAGGACUACCUUGCCAAGAUACACAAGCGCUCCUGGGUGCUGGCCGAGUGCCUGUCCAGGGUGCCGCAGGACCUGGAUGCCGCCCGUGAGCUGCUUCUCUAUGGGCUGCGUGGCACUGACUUGGAGGCCGUCAUUGCCAUAGGGGAGGGGAGCGACAAUGGGGAGUUCAUUGUGUGCAGCCCCGAGGAUGAGGAGGCCCUUGACGCGGCGCUGGACAUCCCACCGGGGGAGUACCAGGCCAGGAUGCAGGAACAGGCCGCCAAGGAGCUUAAGAGGAAACACCAAUUGCUCUCGAAGAUCAACUUUGCCAGCCUCACCUCAGAGCAGAGAACUGUGAUUGUGGCGCGACAAAAACUCCUCACCUACCUCGAUCGCCUGGCAACAUAUGAGGUCCUCCUCGGCGGCGCUCACUUGGCCCCAGAACACUAUGACGCCGGAUUCUACGAUAAGUUCCGCAGCCAGUCGGCCAUUGGCGCCACGGUGGAGUUUGCCCGCGGCGGCGACUGGGGCGGCGUGGAGGUCAUGUUCACCUACCACGGGGAGGACACGCUGCCGCACCGCCUCGCCGUGCUCUCGAACUUCCCCCCGACGCUUGGCCCCUACGAGUACAGGUCGCUGCUGCCAGAGUGUAAGGGGGACAAGGUGUUUCCCUGGGAGCAGGAGCGACUCAGGGAUGACGACUGGUGUGAGGAGCCAGCCUGCAGGGAAGCAGUCACACAGGACAGAGGUGACCCGGCGGCGUUCCUCUACCGGGAGCGUCCGAGCCUAGAGCAGUUCCGCGGGCCUAAGCUGGACGGCGGCGUGGUGAGCGAGUGGUACAGGGAGAGGGCGAGGGAGGUGGAGCGCUGCAGCCACUUUGUUGACGUUGCCCUUGACCUCCUGAAGCUUGGCCGGGAGAGGGGCGUAGAGGGCUUGGAGGAGCUGCUGGACGCCCUGGACUCGCUGGAGGUGAUGGUGUACGAGGUGGGGCUGUCCUCAAUGACCCUCGACAAGUUCCUCGGCCUCUCCGACGAUGAGAAGAUCACGCACCUUAUGUCCACAAGCACGCCGGAGACCUACAUCCAGAACAUCCGUCGGUGGCUGCUGCCGUUCCUGGCCCGCUGCGACAAGGGCCAGCCGGGCCGCGCCAGUAGCCUGCUCAGGGCCUACAUGGUGGCCACUGCCAAGACGGACCUCGGCCUGCCACUCAAGAUACUGCAGCACUCCCGGCCCGACCAGUCCUUCUCCGCCAUCAUCCAGUCGGCAGAGGAGAUGAUGGCGGUGGCCGUGGAGUGUGUGUACGCCUGUGAGAGGGAGACGCAGCUGCCCUGGGCCAUCGCCUGUGUGGAGUGUCUGCCAGAGAGGGAGUCAGGCCGCACCCCUGAGUCCCUGUCCAAGCUGCAUGACCUGGCCGACACGCUGGAGUCCCACCUCAACGCCGCCGAGCUCCUGAGCAGCUACGGCGUGAACCUAACGCCACGCCACCUGAGGGACAUGCAGGGCGACGCAGCCAGGGUGGGCGAGGUGCUCACUAAGGUCACCAGGCUGGCCGCUAAGAGGAAGCCACGUUGCAGCGAUGAGGAGUGGCGGCGUUUGCUGUACGACACUCUGGAGCUGCAGCAGAAGGUGUUUGCCUGCGUGGAGCCCCAAGUGUGCCUGCAGAAGGUGAUUGAGGCGCUGCUGGGGUCCGAACAGCCAGACAACAUCAGGCUGGCGGGUGAGCUGAUGGAGACGCGUGCCGACCACUCACCCAUCAGCAACCCAUACCUGCAGCAGCUCCCCUUCAACCGCGCCGUUCAGCUCGUUGCCGCCGCCGCCACGCACUACUACAACUCCUCCGAGAGCCACUCAGACCAGGCGAUCGACUUGGCCAUGCAGUGUCUCAACCUGAUAGAGUCCGAACACGAGGACAUCCAGCAGGAGAAGGACCUGAUCGAGGCCCUUAAGAUCCUGCCUGACUUUGGCAUCAACAAACUCCCGCUGCAAGUCCGCCUGUGUGAGAACCGCCUGUCGCUGGUCGGGGAGUGCCUGGCGGGGCGGGGUGCAGCCUACCGACACAGCUCCCUCCUGCAGCACCUGGCCGGCCUGCUGCGGGUGUGUGGGGGCGACACGCGGACCCGCCAGGCUAGGGUGCUCACACUCAUCGCCAAGGCUGCUUUAAAGGCCGGCGACUUCACAGCGGCGGGUGGAGCGUGUGACCAGCUGGUUUGGGGGGAGCAUGAGGAGGGCUGGGCCGUUUGCGAGGAGCUGGGGAGAGCCGCGAAGUACUCCGACCUUCCCGCCCGAGCUCGCUACCUGGAUUUCGCCCUCACCUACGCAUCACCUGAGCGCCUGGAGGACCUUCUAGCGGCCAGGAACGAGGUGGAGGUGGCCCUGCUGUACGCCAAGGUCAACCAGCAGAUCGAACAACAGCAGCAGGACACCACAGCAGAAUCCGAGGACGCCUUCGUGGACGCCCCCGACCAGACACUGGACGACGAGGAAGAAGAUGACGAUGAAUUCUAUGAUGGAAGCGAGGAAGUGGAGGGCAUCGGAGGAGGAGGAGGAGGAGGAGGAGGGCGGAGGAGGAGUCUUCUUCGUGGCACCCUGGGCAUGACGCGGUCGAUGCUGAGUGCCACGGCCUCCACCACCAGCAACCUCGUCUCCGCUGUGGCAUCGAGGCACUUCUGGAAGACCGCCAUGACUUGGAUGCAGCCGCUGGUGGAGCUGUCUGCCGGCGAGGACGUGAGCCUGGCCGACGCUGAGCAGGAGAGCAACGCAGACUUCCUCAGGCAGGGCUGCCACGCCUUCUACGCCGAUCUCUUUGAGGACCCCCAUAUCAGCACACUUGGCAUCAGCUACCAGAGUUACGCCCCUCCCAGCCAGAGCAGCCCGGCCCUGGAGUUCUCCCUUACACUCCUGCGCAUCGCCCUGCUGGAGGAAACACUCUCGCUGGGCUCCACCACCAAGGCCAACAAGACAGUCCUGGUGGAGGCUGCGAGGGGGGUGCUGAAGGAGGACCUAGCAAUGGGCCUGAUGCUGCUUCUAUCGCUGAGGGAGGUGGAGGAGGCGAGGGAGGUGCUGGCGUCCCUCCCUCGCACCGAUGUGUCUCUGCAGGUCAUCCAAUACUACACAGCCCUUCAGAUCUACACCCGGGCUCACCCAUGGACUCAAACAGGCAUUGCACCCGUCUUCCUACACCCACCGGCGGACGUCAUUGCAGCCGCCGCAACCAUCGUCACCUCCGGAGCUACCGAGAAACUUGGCAGCGAGGCGACGGUGUUAGUGGACCUGUUCAAGGCUACCCAGGGACAGGUGGAGGACUAUGUGCAGGGGGAGGCGCUGAGGAGGCUGGGGGCAGGCGUAGACAUGGGGCGUUUCCUCACAGACUCGGGUUACAAGGAGGAUACGGUGCUGGGUCUUGCGCUCACUCUCGACACGGAAGUCCUGGAGUUAGCAUUGGCGUUGGCACGGAAGUACAGCGUGUCGGAGUGGGAGGUGUACAUGGCGCACCUCCAGCACCUCUUCUCGUCCGGGCUUGAGACGGAGGAGGUGAAGCGUCGAGCGGCAGAUCACGGGUUGGUUUCGCCGCUCUCGGAGAACCCGGAGAAGUUCACAGCCAGGAUGGAGGAGACCGUUCUGCCUGCGAUCGACGGGAAGGACCUGGACCGCUUGCUACUCUACUACACCCUCUUGGAGCCAUGUGCAAAGGGGACCAGAGACCCACACACACACGCACACAGAGACACACAUGCACACGCUAACACACACAUCAAACUCCUCAAGAAGCUCAAGGGUACAGCAAACACCCUCGACUACAAGCAACUUCUCCGCCCUGACGCCGAUCCGCUCGAGACGCUCCGCCCAGUUCUGACGGCGGAGAAUGUCGGGGCGCUGGCCAAGGCUGUGCGUGGGGUGCCGGGGCGGGGCGGGGCGGGGCUGGAGCCAAGCACCGUCUACUGCGCCUGGGCCCAGAAACACUUCUUUGAGGCGCCGUCGGAACGCAAACUCAAGACUGCGAGUGACUGGGUGCAUAGGUACGAGGCGUGUGGGGAGUACCUGCAGAAGAUGGGCGCCCAGGACGUGCUUCGCUUCGUCCGGCAGGCAGUGCUGAGUGACGAGGCCGGCGCUAAGGUGCCUCUCGACGGACGGCUUGAGCUCACACGCAGGGCCACCAAGUUCUGUCGGCAGCAGCAGAACAAACAGAAGCUUGCGGAGGACGGGCGUGUGUGGGGCGAGGCGGGAGACACUCUGGAGCGUUGGGGCGGCCACCUGGAGCUGCUGCGUUCCUCCACCUUCCUCCACCUGCAGCAGAGUGACGACACACUGCUGAGGGAGUACGCCAGGAGGUUCGCCCAGACAGGAGGAGACGAGGAGGAGCUGCAGGGGGUGGCUUGUGGGGUGCUGCUGGAGGGCGGGGGGCUGGGGUCGCUGAGGGAGGUGCUGGCGGUGUUUCCUGAGCAGGCGGCGACGACCCCUGAGGAUGUGAUCUUGCAUACCCUGAGGAGGCUUCUGGAGGGGUGGAGAAUGCUGAAGAAGGAAGAGGAGAAGAAAAUGAAGGUGCCGGAGGGGAGCACUCAGGUAGGGAUGCUGGACCACCUCUUGGGGCAGGUGAGCGCUUACCUGGAGGAGGGCGGGGAGCUGCUGUCGGAGGAGGAGGUGCUGAUGGAGGUGCGGGAGCUGUGCGAGGACGAAGGGGUACCUCUGGCGGCCCGCGUGGAGGUGCUGACGGUGGCUGAGAAGCAUCUAUCCCUAAGCGAGGAUGACCUUCAACUAGUCCGGGUGAUGAGGACAGGAGGGGUGGUGGCAGAGGCAUGGGGCGAGGAGGAGAAGGAGGAGGGGGAGGAAGGGGUGAGGGGCAUUGGGGCUGUCGGACCGGAUCAGCUGUCAACGAGUGAGGCGCGAGCUGCCCUCCUCACAUCCCUCAUCGCUGCCACCUCCACCCUCACACAGGCCAAGGCGCUCAUCCACCUCCUCCACCUUUGGCCACCCUUUGAUCCACAGAUGUAUGGCAGUGUGACCUCCAACCCCUGGCUGCUGGUGCUGGGCAAACUGCUGGAGGUGACCGAGGGGAGUGUGACGGCCAGUGGUGGUGGCGGUGGUGGUGGUGGUGGGCUUCAGGUGGUGUGGGAGGCUGCCCAUCAUGCCCAUUCUCUCAACCAGUUCCCCUUGGAGUGUCUGGCGUGGCUGGUGGGGCGUCUGCAGGGCCUGGGGCGAGGUGCUGUGCGGGGGUGCUGCAAGGUGGCGCUGCUGUCCGAUGAUGCGAAGGUCCUUGGGGCAGUGGUGGAGGCUGUGGAGGGGCUGCAGGAGGUUACCGAGGAAGAUUACGACUCGGACCUUCUGCGUGAGGUGGUGGAGCGAGGACUGGUGGCGCGCAUCCUCUCUACACUCCUCUAUGGACCUCUCGUGACUUUCCUGAUGGAGUGUGGUGACCCGGGCUUGGUGAGGCAGGCCGUGGGUCAGCUCAGUGAGGCAGGCCGGCAGCGCGAGGCAUCCAGCUUGGCCUGCCUCUCCACCACCCUGCCCAAGACUCUCCUCACGGCCGCCUCUGCUCUCAAGACCUACAGGAAGUGGCUAUAAGGAGGAGGAGGAGGAGGAGGAGGAGAGAGGAUGAAAGAGCCAGUCAGUCCAAGAUGCCUCACGAAGACUUUCCUCCCAGUUACGACGAGGCAGUGAAGUCCGCCGGCCAGCCCCCCCUCCCCUCCCUCGCCUCCCACCUCACGCCCCCGCCCCCCUCCGCCCCCCCCUCCGCCCCUGCCCCCUACCCUUCCGCCCCACUCUUCACCCCCUUUCCCCAUAACCCCCACCCUUUACAACAACAGCAACAACAACAACAACAACAUCAUAUAAUAGUGCCAGCGUUUCCACAGCAGCCCAACAACAACAUCAACGGCUACAUUGCGAAUCAAGCAGAGAACACACAGUCCUGGAACCGCUGCUGUUUCUUCUUGUGCUGCUUCAUCUCAGUCCCCGUUGUCCUCAUUAUAACAUUUUUGUUGUUUAUCCGGAGAUGGUAAUAAGAAAAAGUAAUAGUACACGCUGUGAUGCGGCGGUGUGCCGCUGGACUCUGUCGGAAGGGCUUGCGUCGCCUGGUGGCCAGGCACGAGGCGUGAACACCGCCUGGCCCCGGGCACCGGCUGCUGCUCUGCGUUCAGGAAUGAAUCUCACCGUCUACCCACUGUUUCUAAGUAAACACCUGCUGACUAGUGUUGUGUACAAGAGUCUGCACCACUGCAGAACUCAGCCGAGCAGACGAGUCACGUCCAGCUUCGUGACAACUGGUGUCCUGAGCGACCUGACAACACCCGUCACGGGCGGGCCGCGGCACUGGGGAGGCACGCCGGCAAGCCAGCAAAGCAGACGUUUUCCCUGGCAGAUCUGCGACCAAUCACGAAUUAAGGUUUCGGAGAACAAAAAGAAGACUGAGGGGGCAAGUGGAAGAGAUUAAAUAUCGCAUCUCAGGACUACACCAGCGGCUACACGGGCCCCGGAGAAGACGCGUCGCGUGGCGAGGAGGAAGUGCCUGCGAGUUGUCACUUCUUCGUGAGGUGCAGGCUGGCUCGGCCCACAGGAUCACGAGGGGCACCCAGGACAGAAGGACACAUUGACAGAAAAACAGGACUGCUACCAACGCCGCAAACUCCUCGGAAGUGCCCGGCGGAGCACAGGCGUCAGGCGGGGCUGCCAUAGGGGCGCUCUCAUGAAUUUAAUCAAUUAUUUAUUUAUUCAAUAAUUAAGGAUGUUGUCACGUGUAUUUGGUGACUUGGCAUAUACCCGUGUUUUAGAUAUGUCGAUAACAGACGGACAAACGAACUGAUAAGCACACCGACAAGUUAGGUUCAUGUGUGAGAGUUUUUUAUUACACACUUGAUUUUCAACCCUGACGUAAGUGCUCUCCUACACACACACACACACACACACACACACACACACACGACCAUCACCUGGGAACAUAAAGUAAGAUAGAUAGAUAGACGGACAGAGAAACAGCAAUGUAUGGAUGGAUAUAUAGAUAGAAAAUUAUGGAAAAUAAAUCUGUAACGAACCUAACUUACUCAUAGAUAAGAUGGAUGGAUAGGUAGAUCGAUGGUUUGACAGACAGAUACAGACGAGUGGUUCCGUGGAUAGAGAGAGAAAGAGGAAGAAAAAGUAAAAUUAGAAACGACGCUAAUAGACUUUGACAUAAAACACUGCCUUUGCUUAUUAUGGCAGGAAAAGUUCAUUAUACUUCCUAAUUACUACAAAGUCAUUAUUUUACUGUAGAAAGACCUGUAUUGCAUUAUAUUAUUGUUUGUACAUGACCCUGAGAAAUGCAAUAUAUGUAUUUAUUGUUUUAAUUGUUAUUUUUUAUAACUGUUACUUAUAUAUAUGUGCUGUUUAUAUUUUAUUUGUUUCUUUUUACUUCUCGAUAUUUUAUUGGCUUGUUUUUGUUGUGUAUUUUACGAUAUUUAUUCUUCUUUCCUUCUCUUUUUUUAUUUCUAUUAUCUUCUGUAUUUUCUCGUUUUCUUUCUCCUUCUCUCUCUGUUCGCUGUUACGUCCAUCUUCUUUUAUUUUUAUUUGUUUGUUUGUUGUGUAUUUUACGAUAUUUAUUCUUCUUUCCUUCUGUUGUUGUUGUUUUCAUUUCCAUUAUCUUCUGUAUUAUCUCGUUUUCUUUCUCCUUCUCUCUCUGUUCGCUUUUACGUCCAUCUUCUUUUAUUUGUUUGUUUGUUGUGUAUUUUACGAUAUUUAUUUUUCUUUCCUUCUGUUGUUGUUGUUUUCAUUUCCAUUAUCUUCUGUAUUAUCUCGUUUUCUUUCUCCUUCUCUCUCUAUUCGCUUUUACUUCCAUCUUUUUUUAUUUGUUUGUUUGUUGUGUAUUUUACGAUAUUUAUUCUUCUUUCCUUCUGUUGUUGUUGUUUUCAUUUCCAUUAUCUUCUGUAUUAUCUCGUUCUCUUUCUCCUUCUCUCUCUCUUCGCUGUUACUUCCAUCUUCUUUUAUUUUUUCUUUGUUGUGUAUUUUACGAUAUUUAUUCUUCUUUCCUUCUGUUGUUGUUGUUUUUAUUUCCAUUAUCUUCUAUAUUCUCUCGUCCUCUCUCUCCUUCUCUCUCUCUCUCUUCGCUUUUACUUCCAUCUUCUUUUAUUUGUUUGUUUGUUGUGUAUUUUACGAUCUUUAUUUCCCUUUUCUUUCUUUUCCCUCAUUUCUUUAAUCGUCUGUAUAUUCUCUCGUCCUCUUUCUCCUCCUCUCUUAUCGCUUUUAUUUUCUCUUUCUCGGCGUCUCUCUACCUGAUUCGCCUCAUAAUAAUAAUAAUAAUAAUAAUAAUAAUAAUAAUAAUAAUAAUAAUAAUAAUAAUAAUAAUAAUAAUAAUAAUAAUAAUAAUAAU